AUAUUCCUAACUUGGUUAUGUUCUUCAUUCUGCUCUCUUUAAACAUCUCCCUCACUGAGUUCUGCUCUUUAUUCUGGUUCGGUCCGGACCGGGUUCAGUCUGCUAACAUGGGUCUGUGUCGCCGCUACAUGAGAGGAAUCACCAUCAGCUUAACACUGCUGUUGCUGGUGUUCGGCGUGCUGAUGAUCGGCGUCGGUUUCUCCUCUGGCUACAGUGAAAUAUUCAUUGCCGAGGUAAUUCAGUGGUGGUACAGCCAUUGCUCACUGGUUCUGCAGGUGUUUGGUCCAAUCACCAUGGUUCUGUCUGUUCUGGGAAUCUGUGCAGUGACCCUCGAUAUCAAACCUCUGCUGCUGCUGUUUUCUGCUCUGCUGUUUGUGGAGUUUUCAGCUCUGAUGGUUGUUGCUUCACCGUUGGUUCAACUUCAAGCUCAGACAGACAUCAUUCUGGAUGACAGGUUUAAGAACGUGACGCCGCUCUAUACCGCCGAUGAACAGCUACAGGUCGAACUCAAGAAACUCCAGGUCUCAGAUUCAUGUUGCGGUUUGAUGGGUUUCGAAGACUGGAAGGAUGAAAUUCCGGUGUCAUGUUACUGUACUCCCGUCCCUCCGCUGCCCACUGACACACUGUUACAAAGCGCUGACCGUGGUCAGGGGAGCUCAGUAGGACUGUGUGUGUGGGCGGGUCGCGACCUUUACACUCACACCUCAAAUGCUACGACUAACGUGUGGGUUCACUCCAAGCCCUGUGGACCAAUCCUGAAGCAACAUCUGAGCUUCAUCCCCAAAGUCAGCAUCGGUGUGAUUUCAGCCUUUGCCACUGUGAUGCUGGCAGCUAUUGGUUUGUGCCUAGUGUUGGGUCUGGAGGAUUACUGGAGGACGGCUCCGGUGGAAACUACAGUCGAUGAGUACAACAGAGUUAAAUUCAAACCCAAACACUCCCUAACCUGACCUUUGACCUCCACCAUAUCACCCUGGUGUUGUCACGUACUGCUGGUGUUAAAUUAAAGCCACACUGAGACACUGCAAUGGGCUGGCUGGAAGGACCCCAAGCGUUUUGUCCGCUGCAGAGACCACGCAUCCCUCUUCAGCUGGGUCACGAUGGUCUAAUCCUGGAAGAUGCCCAGAAGUAGUCAAACAUGAGUGCUAAGAGCCACUGUUCUCUCUCACGUCUACGUUUGACUCUGUUUAAAGUCGUCACACAAACUGCUCAGGAUGUUUAUUGCCUUUACCCCCCCCCCCCAAAAAAAAAAAAAAAAAAA